GUCGAAGUUCGUUUUGCCAACAGAAUCGUCAUUUAUAUCAGAACCAGUGUGCGAGAGACUCGGUCCUCCAUAUUCGCGUUUUGAUAUAAUAUCAAAAAAAAAGUAAAUUGGUGCAGAGAUUCCUGAACUUUUCUUAGUGUAGUUUGAUAUGCGAGGAGCAUUUCGGAUUUACCUGUUCUUCGAAUCAGUGAAUCUUGUUUUGCAUCUGGAAAGGACAGUGUGAAAGAAUCUUUUCGAUACUUGAAAAGUGUAGUAAGAGUGAAAUGAAAAUUCCGCCCCAUAAAGGAGUAUGACGUGACCCCGAUCCUUGCCGCACACGAUGAUUCAUAUCGGGAAAGUUACGGCUAUCGAUUGGAAGAUUUGAUUGUUGUAUUUUAUUUAAGUCGGACCAAGAAAAAGAAAAUCUUCCUAGGAAGCUUCUUUUAUGCCAUUUUCCAUGGGCAUACUUUGAGGCGUGAAAAGAAAAUCAGGUAGUGCGUGAUUGAAAACUGCCUAUGUGUCCGCGUGUGUGUGCGUUUCAUUGUUAGUGCGGAUCCAAACUGGGAAGAACAACCUAGCUCUGUAUGUGUGGAGAGAUUGGCUUGAAAAAAUUUAUGUUCAGCAAUUUGCGUCCCACGGCAGCCAAUCGUCCUUUUUUUAUCGCGUGUGUUUGCCACACCGAAAGUUUACUCGCUCCGGGAUUAGUACUCCUUUGAGUGGUCAGCAUAAGUGUGACACUAACUCGAUUGUCGGUAGGAUAACUUCCGCUGCUAGUAAAGAAGAAGAAAGUGUAGUGAAUUUUCAAUUAGAGGAAAAUUGCCUGCAGGAAUGGUGUUGUGACACAAUUGAAAAGCGGGGGUGAUAUGAAGGAGUACUAACACAAAUAUACAAAGAAUAUGCGUUUGGAGUAAGAAAAAUAGAUUUUCGUUGUUACAUAAAACCCACUGUACGAAAAGUGGACCGGGCUUGAGUUGCGUUACAAAACUUACUUCGCUUGUUGUUGGGUUGAUCUUUUGCUGAAAAUUUCUUCAACUUUAACGCUGGUAUCGACAGAAGAGCUACAAUUCGUCACAAUGGGUACGGUGUUGAGUUUCAGUCCCCGGGAGCGUCGGCCCAUUUAUUCCACGCAUCAUCACAGCGCUGGGACUUUGUCGUCGUCUAAUUCAGCUGAUUUUCCGCUGAACAACUACUCGUACGAGCAGCUGAAUAAUGUGAAGAAUCGUGAAAACACGAAACCGCCGAAUCUGAUCCAAACGGUGCCUAACAACAAUGCCAUUAACAAUAAUAACUUGAAUCUUAGUGGUAAGGACGAUGGGAAGAACAAUAAUUCGAACAAUGCUGGAACAUUGAUGCUGCUGCAGCAAACACAUCAGAGCAGCAUCACCGGAAAUAGUAACAUCAACAGCAUCAACAACAACAUCAACAGCAACAACAAUAGCAACAGCAUACAGGAGCGCAACAAUAAUAACAAUAACACAGACAGCUCUCGAAUCCUCUCAGAGAAGAAUGCUCUGGAGAAAAAUCUCAAGAAGCAUUCGCUGUUCAUCAAUGCACUUUCAUGGAAGCGACUGGCUGCAUCCCAUGGCAAGAAGAAGCUUGACAACCAGAAGAACAAGUCAGCGAACCUGGCGACGGCCACAUUCCGCACUCCACUGACGGACACGGUCCACCCGAUGGUGGACAAGAACAAGAACCUCCAGCAGUCGCAAUCGUUCACGCAGCCCAUCAAUGGUGCGCACCAGCAACUGCAGCCGAUUCAGGUGUCCGGACAGCAGGGUCAACAGCAUCAAACGGUCUACUUCACCCCCGGCGGACCGAAGGCACUGCUAGCGUUGGACCUGGUGCGGGCCAACAAUACCAAUCCACUGUCGCAACCGGAUAAGCUAGCACCGAAACUGCCGCUGCAGUUACCACUGCCGUUGCAACCGAUCCUUAGCCAGCAGCAGGCUCAUCAGCAGCAGUCACAGCUUCCACAGCAGUUGCAGCACCACGGACAUGGGCCGCGGAAAACCGUCAUUCAGGCCUCAACUUCGGAACUGCUGAAAUGUUUGGGUAUGUUCCUCCAUGACCGGUGCCGAAAGUUGCGAGAUUUUCAAGCAGGUGACGCCGUGAUGUGGCUGCGGGCAGUCGAUCGGAGUCUACUGCUUCAAGGUUGGCAGGAUGUUGCUUUCAUCAACCCAGCGAAUGUGGUGUUCGUUUAUAUGCUAGUUCGGGAACUAGUCGAUGGUGAGGAGACCAAGGAAGCGGAACUGCAGGCAGCGGUGCUGACUUGUCUCUAUCUGUCCUAUUCGUACAUGGGCAACGAGAUUAGCUAUCCCCUGAAACCAUUUCUGGUGGAGGAUUCAAAGGAUAAAUUCUGGGAUAGAUGCCUACUAAUCGUAAACCGGCUGUCAUCCAACAUGCUGAGAAUCAAUGCCGAGCCUGGUUUCUUCACUGAAAUUUUCACCGAGCUGAAGGCCUGCGGCAUGAACUCAACCAGCUCGAACCCGAACGGAAACCUGCCGUGUGGUGCGGCUUGACGCAGCACAAGCAGCAGCCGACAUCCCCGUGAAGUCGUUGUCCGGUUGUCGAUUGCCGGCCAGCAGCAAAAAUACCAGCACCAGACUACCCUCCAGGAGCUGACAAGCGUGGUUUAAAUGACAGCGCUACCAUCAACCUUUGCCAGAACAGAGCAGUACCGACGUUGAUCGAACGACGAACACAGCCAACGAGCGUCAAGCCUACUCGACAUCAGCCUAGUAAUCGUACAUCCCAACACUAUCAUCCUCACGCGUCAACAGCCACCCACCCUUUGGCAAAUUCAUGUUUGCUACUUUGAAAGGUUGUUCUGAACUGCUCUCUAGUAGAUUCAUGUCGUCGUUGUAGUUCCGGUAGUAGCCACAAUGUUAGUUGAAGCUAUACAACGAUGUAGUGCAAUUCACAUUUCUGCAAACAAGGUUGAGGUAGCACCCACAGGUUAUUUUUCAUUUCUGUGCAUCCUUCCUGUCCUGCUUUUCUCUGAUUUGACGGUCAGGCAGGUGACAGAGCGUAUCGGUUAGAUCACCAGAGGAUGUUACUCGUAUACUACUUAGCUUGGUUAUUUAGGCCAACCAAAAUGUUUGAUUUACGAGAGAUGUCUAGUAUUUAACGUUGUAGUUGUACAAAGCGGGAAAAUCCAACGAACCACAAAUUUUGUCAGAAAUCGGAAAUAAGGCAAAAAAGAUUUACUUAUUACUUAUUAUUUUUUACAGAAGUAAGACAAGCGAAAAAUAUUGUGAUUUGAAACGAGCAUUAUGAUAAAAUUGAACUCGGUUUAUUAUAUAACAAAGCAACACAGUAAAAUUCUAUGAAAUUGAUAUCUCGAAUCGAACGAAAAUCAUAAUAACAAUAGGUUGGUAAUUGGCUAAAAGACGUUGGUUAGAGUAAUACGCACGGUGAAAUGCAGAUGUCGCAAAGGUUUCCAUAAAGUGAGAGUUUCAAAUAGGUACUCACAAUACAAGACAUUCAAUGCAAGCUGACAUGCUUGUGAACUAAGUAAAAUCAACAAAGCAACCCUGUUAAUAGGAAACAUUUUUGUAGUCGAUGUUUGACAGUAGCGUUGAUUGUAUGCACAUGGAGGUCCUUGAAAAAAUUUCUAAACGGACGACGUUUUACACAAGUUUUCGAUCUAUAACAAGGACCAGCCCAAAUAAAUAUAGAUUUUUGUUUGUUUACUCACUCAAUUCGUUCACGGAAUAGAAGGUGAGGUUAUGUUAUCAGGCAACAAGAUCAGUUCGUCAUUAAUUACAGUAACUGCUCGCUAACUGGGCUUCUUUAUAACUGGGCGCUCGCUAGCUGGGACGAUUCUCAACUGAAAAACAACAAACGUCAAUGAUCAAAAUGAUCAAACGAAAGGCACGUAAAUAGGGAACAUUAAAGAAUGAUGCUGCUGCUUGUUGAUUUCGCAGUUAACUUUCUAGUUUGACCUUCUAGCUUGGGAUCCCAUAGCCAUAGCAACAUAAGCAGUAACAACACGAAUAGAACUUUCUUUCUAGCGAUCAACUUGAAAAUUUAAAUCUUUUUGAAAAUUGUCGCAAAGCAGCAUUAGCCUACUGUUCAUCGAAAUCCCCCUCGAUGUUUAUUUACGUUUGAAAUGACAUCCCAGUUAGCGAACCGAUUUCGAUAACUGGGAAGUGCUCUUCGCCAGUUAGCGAACAGUUACUGUAAUCAGUGUCAGCAGUUUGUGCAUUAUUUUAAAAAUAUAAAGUUUUUGCGUCAAUGUUUCCUUUAAAGUGAAAACGUUGAAGCACUUUUUGAAAUAUCAAUUUCACGGAAUGAAUAUUUGUUUAAUCAUCAAGACUAUUCUGAUGAAUAAAAUCAGAAGCCCUGAAAUUGUUGAUUUUGCUCGCUUUGUACGAAAAAAAGCUAAAACUCACUUUUUUAUCAUGCGAUGCCGAAGACGAAGAUAGGUGAAGGAAAAUAUUUAUUUCAAACAUGGUGAUAUAACUUUAUUGAACGCAAAAUCCAAGCAAAACAAAGCACUACUUUUGCACAGGAAACAGAUUCGGAAUGUGGCCGUCUCCGAAACAGGGGUUUGUCUAGUCAGUAAGUGAAUGUUUAUGAUCGGUAAUAAAUACAUAAAUGAAAGAAAUGAGAAUAAUAAACCAGACGAGAGAAGAGGAAGAAAAGUAUUUUGUACGCUGGUUGAAAAUCGGGUAGUUCAAUUAGAUCUGUUGUCAAAAAAAAGGAAUUUUUUUCAAGUUCGUUCCAUUAUUACUUAUUGCUUAUUCGUCAUUUAAAAACCAUAAUGCUUAAAAACUAAGUUGCAUUCCAAUAGAUAAUUUUGACACAUAUCAGGAAUGUGCAUAACAAAAUACGUAAAAAAAACCUUUCAACCCAAAGCAAAGUUCGCAUGUUUUUUUUUUGUAUUGUUCAUCGAUUUAUUGUUUACCUUUGGUUCAUAAACCGAAAAUAUGUUUAUGUUUAUGUUGCAAUUUUGUUUGUUCGCAUUUGACUUUAUCAUUUAAGCUGAUUCUGAAUCUGAAAUGUGUAAAUAGUACUGUUUUAAAUCCACCAGUUGAACUGUCGACAAGUACUCUUUAUAUUUUGACAUGCUUAGAAUAGAGGUUAAAGAAAAAACGCAAGUCCAUCCAAAGAUUUAGUCGCAAUUUUUAAAUCAAGAUACGCUCACUUUCUUGACUAGUUUUAAAUAAUUACAUGUUUUCUUGUACUUUCCAUACCCCCAUAUGAGUCACGUAUGUGAACAGACUUGAUACGUAUGGGACAAGUAUGCGUACACGGAAAGCUAUCUACGAGAAAUCUCAUUUGAUAUUAGCAAAUUCCCUCAACUUUUGAAAUUGUAUGAUAUUAUACAAAAACACACGUUUUUCGUACCAAAGUGUUGCUGUUGUUUUUUCUUAGUUAUGUAUUUUGAAGUAGUUCUAAUAUUGGUACUUGCACACUCAAGGCUCUAGUUUGGUAUAUAUUUUGAGUAUUGCCGUAGCUGGAUUUCAUUUUUCUUAAAUUUUUAUAAAAGAUGUCCUACAAAAGUUGAGUGGAAUUAGUGCCCAAACCCAUUAUCGAAAAUACUCUGUAAAUAUCACCUCAAGUGUUUCCAUCUAACUACAUCCAUACUUUAUUCACUGUGACAUUUGUUUACAAAAAAAAACUCAUCUCAAUAUACUUAAGAAAACUCGAAAUGAAAGUGAUAACUUGCUGGCAUUUUCAAAGGAUUCAAAAAGCUGGCCGGAAUACGUGCAAUAACCCCAGAAUAUCUAAUACAAAGUUCAACUCGUUCGUAAAUACACCGAUAAAUGACAGAGGAGAGUUUGGAAACUUCUUGAAUUAAGUAAAAAAAAUGACCGAGAAUGACAGUUUUGUGCAAUAAAUACCAUUAGGAUUCGAAGAGAAAAAACGCAGAGUUAAAAAAGCUAUUCGAAUUGAGAAAAAACUUUCGAAAUCUUCCGAGAAUACUUCAUCACACCUAAAAAUAACUUUAAGUUACAAAUUGUCAGCAUUUCUCGAUCCAAGUUUUAAGCGCUAUCAUCAUUUUUCCAAGUUAAAAAUUAUUCCGUUGUUCACCAACUGUUCACUUCCUCACCCAUAGAGAGAGCUAUACUCUAUUUAAUAAAUUCAUCAGUAUCUUAGUUUGGCUAGAUUAUCUUGUGGACAGCGAGAACAUUAGUAUAUACUAGUUGAGAGAAUAGUUCAUAAGCUCGUCACAAAUCCAAUGAGAACUAAUUAAACAAACAAAGCGGAUACGGAGUAAUGUCAAAUAAUACACAAACACUCACACACACAAAUAAACCAAAUGGAAUACUGUUGAAUGUUAAUUACUAAACCAAAAACUAACAGCAAAAUUCAAAAUAAAUGCAAGUUAUUAACAAAUUGGGUCGAGAUGUACGCGAAUGGCGAAAUGUGAUUCAGUCAAACAGAAGCUGAACAAAAAACUUGCAGCGAAAAGCGUUUCAACACUGCAAAAAUACCUAGACAAAAGUGUGACAUUAAAACAAGUUCUACACAAAAGUAAAGGUUGAAUAGAAAAGACUAAAGACCAAUAAAAUUAUUAAAUUAGAAUUGAAAUGUUGUUGAUACAAAUCCUUGAAAACCUAUAACAGUUGCAAAAAGGGACAGCCAGCAGAAUCAAACUAGUUGCUCUGUUUGUGAGAGCAAUUAUUGGUUAAUGAUAUGAAAAAAAAAAACAAAGUGUUUACGCGUAGAUGUUGUAGCUAACAUAGGAUCAACCGUAUUUGGAAGUCACAAGUGGACACAUUUACACAUUCACAUUUAGACCAACAAAUAAUGAAUGCCAAACAACAACAAAAGAAAAAUAGCUACCGCAAAGACGAAGAAAAAACUUACAUAACAAAUCCAUCAUCAUUAACAAAAAAACCGACAGUUAAACAACGUUGAAUAGCAAGAACAGUCAAAACAAACUUUCAAUUCCGAAUAUAUUCUUAACUCCAGCAAGUAUGGUUCAAGGAACGAAAAGCAGCGAUGAAGCGGAUUACACUUCGAACAAAUGAUGGCGAGAUAAAUGAUCUUUUGCAACCCUAAUAAUCCCAGUUUGAUGAAAUACUUGGUGAGAAAAUAAGAAUUAUAAAAAAUAUAUGAUAAAAUAAUACUACUGAAUAAAACAAAUUAUAAUUUUUAAGUAGAAAAAUAAAAACGAAAAUAAAAAAUGUA